GUUGACAACAUAGUUGCUGAAUUAUAUAUUUACAUAUAACUUAAACAAUUGACUGUAAAAUCUUAGACUAAUCUCUUAUUAUCAACCCUAUUUAUAUGUAUAUUCUCUUUAAUCUGUGAUUGAGUCCUGCUGGUCCUGCUAAAAUGCAGUCCAAUACAACAGUUUCUAAUAAGGGUAUUUACAGAGAAAAGACACUCUUCACAACUGAUUCGACCAUGUAAAUUCGAAGGAAAAUAAAUAACCAGUUUGAUCCGACUGUAUAUAUAAAAUAUCACUAAUUUUCAUUUUCUAUUGCGUAUGACACUUAACACGUUACAGUUUAUGUUAAAUUUCUAUUACAUAUGUAUUUAUAUAGCUUAAAAACGAUAAACUUAUUUGUUAUAACGCAAUAAUCAAGUUUGACAAUUUGUACUCGUGUCUCAUCUGAUGCCCGGAUUGUCCUUUGACCAUACAUACAUACAUACUACCAAUCAUUGUUAAAAUCAUCAUGUUUUUCCUCUGGGAUUACCCGAUGUGCAUGCUCUUGAAAUUUGACGGUUAGUCGGUGAAAAGACAAUCGCAUUUACACCGUGCGUUAUCGAAAGCGUAUUGGUUAACAAUUAAUUUAUUAUAUCUUCAAUUGUUUAACGACGCUUAAAAGUAUUUAUGACGGAAAAUGAAUUAUACGAGAACAUGGAUCCCUACGAGAAUCCUGAUCUUCUACCGUUGGAGGAAUUAAAAUUAAAAAUCAAAACCGAAGGAAUCGUUGAAUACGUUAACGCUUUGAACAAAAAAUGGGCAAGUGAUCGUUAUUUUUUGCAUUAUGAGGCUCCUGCUAUAUACGACGAUGAUGGAAGUGAAAUUUCGGGGGCAAAAGAACACUGGAUGAAUAUUGUCAAUUAUAUUAUUAAUGAUUUAAAAUGGUUACUUAGUCUUCCUUUUUAUAGAUUUUGGUCAAACAUUGUAUUCAAUACGUCGAUCAUAGAUGUAUUGGUAUCUUUUUUACAAGAAGCUCCACCAUUUUAUGCUUUAGAAAGUUUUCCAAAUUGUCCUGAAAUGUUAAAACUCUUAGAGGCACUCCACCGUUAUGUUCUUAUGGUUUUCACAAGACUUGUAACAAACAAGGAGAGCGAAGAAGAACAUAUGAGCCGUCGAUUUCUUGGAAAUUUAUUGUAUGAGAAAUACAUAUUUACGGUUCCAAUUAUCUUAGAUCUCUGUCAACUUUACGGACGAGAAAACGAAAAAAUAAUCGGAAAACUUUUAAAUUGUUUAUUUAUAUUAGAACCACGAUACAAUAUCGAUCUUCAAGGAGCUGUUCCUUGUUUCAUAGAGGCUCUUGAAAAUGUUGAAAGGAAGUUUGAUAAUUAUUCCACUGGAUAUACCAAUGAAGCAGUUUCAUUGUCAGAGAGAUAUAGACCUAUUCCAAAACUUACACUAUGUAAUUUAGAAGAUAUGACGUUAUAUGUGCUAGAUAUAUCAUCAACAAUCACUAUAUUUUUAAAAAAUCAUCCUCCUGCAGUGAGUAUAUUUCACACAGAGGAUUUUAUGAAUAAAAUCGUUUCAAUAUAUGGGAAUACAAUACCUGAAAUGUAUAAAACGUUAGACAAACUUGCAUGUAAUGAAGAGAACAUGCCGAAAUACAUGGAAUUGAAACAUCGUUUGGAUGUAACAAGGAUCGAACUUCUAAACCUUUACCGCGUUAUUAUAUACGAGCCAGUAUUGAAUACCCAAGAAAAUUUAAACACAAUUUCGGAAGCAGAAAUAAAAGAACGAAUGGAUGACUAUAUCAACCUUUUAGCCAAUGCCAGUUCUGAAAAAGAAUUCAUUACAGAUUAUGAUCGAUUUUAUCCCGUUCAACGAGAUUUAAUGAUGUUAUUAAAUAUUUGUCCUGAAUUUGAUAAAAUAAAAUAUGACUAUGUAUUACAAUCGGUGAACGUAGUUACUGGCAAAUCAACUACUUCACCUGUUACUUUAUCUAAUAAUGUAAAUGAAGCAGUUGCUGGACCUAGUGGUGUUACAAGGCAAGCAAUCACAUCCAAUAAUACAAACUCAUCAAAUAAGAAAAAAAUGUCUAUAAAAGAGGAUUCUGUUAAAUUAUUAUCUCUUAUCUCGGAAGUUAAGGAUAUUUUAUGCGAUCUAGAUGAACGUUUUAUUGAGUUGUGUUUGGAUCAUUACGAUUAUAAUGCUGCAUCUGUGAUAAAUGCUGUAUUAGAAGAAACAUUACCACCUAAGUUGCAGAAAUUGAAAGAUUCAGAAGCUUCAGUAAAUAAUGCACUACCAAGUUACAUGGAGACUGUAAACAAUGAUAAUCUGAUUUCUAACAUUGAAAGCCUUAGUAUGUUUGAGGAUUAUACCGAUGAUACCGUUCGCGUCAAAACUCGCGAAAUUGUUGAAGUACCAAAGGAUUAUAUAACUAAGAACUACAGCCUUGUCUUAGAUGAUUACGAAGAUGAGUACGACGAUACGUACGACAAUCGUGAUAUACGCGGCAAUGCACAAGACAAUUCCGUUGAAAUAGAUUCAAGACCGUUCACUACACCACGAGUGCUUCUUGGAAAGAAGAAGGUAGAAACUGUAGAUGAAUCGGAAUCAGAGGACGAAGAGACGGCGGUAGAAAAUGGAAAAGAUCACUUUGUACAGAAUCCGGAAGAACUACGUGCUAGAGCUGAACAACGAAGGCAAGCAAUGCGAGGCGGAAAAUCUACACCAAAUGUAACUGGUAAACCAAAAGGGCGAGGGCAAGAGAAGAACGUCAUGCACAACAGACAACAAAAGAAUGCCCAUAAAUCGACGCAAGCUAAUCAUAAUCGUCGUUCUGGUGCUCAGUACAAACGAAAUCAAGGAAUGAUUCCAUCUUAAAUCUACUUAUACUUUUACAAUAACAGUGUAAAUACUGCCAUGUGAUAAAUACAUUCGUACCCAUA